AUGACCUCUCUUACUGAAUUAACUUCGCGCAUGGCCGCUCAUGCGGCAUUGCUUGAACAGUCCUUGGCUAGUCGUGGCUUACCACUGCCAUCUUUUGAACAACAUGCCGGUGAGACGUUUCCAGACGUUUCCAAGGAUGCGGCCGCACGGGAGGCCCGUGUAAAGCUUAUGGAUGAUAGCAAAUUACUGCUCGAUCUUCUUCUUGGCCCUGCGGAUCUGAUAAAUCGCCUUUGUCAAAGUCCGUUCGAAGUCGCUGCACAGAGUAUCAUUUACAAAUUCAAAAUCUACGACCUUGUCCCAUUUGGUGGGAGUACGACCUACACUGAGCUGGCUGCUAAGACAGGCCUGCCUGAGUACCGAAUACGCACUGCGAUUCGCCAAUCCGCGCUGAAUCGUAUUUUUGAUGAACCCGCGCCGAACGUCGUUGUGCACACAGCAGCUUCUGCGGCACUCGUCCACAACAAAGCCAUUCAGGACUGGUACGGCCACUUCGUCGAGGAAGUUUUCCCCUCGGCGGCCAAACUUGCUGAGACGAUGGAGAAAUACCCUCAAAGUACGGAGCCCAACCAUUGUUCGUUCAGCACGGCAUUCAAUACCAAAGAUCCAAUUUUCAAGUUUUUCGAAGACAAUCCAGAUCGCCAGGCACGCUUCUUUGGUGCAAUGGCUGGAGUAGGCAAAGGUGAGGGCUUCAACCUUCAGCAUAUUGUCAAUGGGUACGACUGGGCCAAUGUAGGGUCUGGCUUGGUGGUUGAUCUUGGAGGUUCUUCGGGUUUCGUCAGUAUCGCGCUUGCAGAAGCAUUCCCAGAGCUCAAGUUUGUUGUGCAAGACUACGAACAUACUGUCGAGGGUGGCAAAAAGGCCCUUCCUGCGCAUUUGAAAUCUCGAAUCGACUUCAGCGCACAUAACUUUUUCACCCCUCAGCCCAUCAGCGCGGAAGUUUACUUCCUGCGUCACAUCUGCCAUGACUGGGCUGCACACAAUGCGGUUAAGAUAUUGAAGAGCCUCGUUCCUGCCUUGAAGCCUACCAGUAGAAUUAUACUAUGUGAGCUUGUUAUUCAACCCCCGCGGGCAUUAAACGGUUCACAUGAAAGACAACAGCGUGCCAUGGAAAUGACUAUGUGGAACAUGGUAAACGCCCAGGAGCGAUCUCGCGAAGAGUGGGAGGAAGUUGUUCGUCUGACAGACGACCGCCUGGCAAUUUUAAGCAUUAACCGCCCGGAGAAUAGCUGGGAUUCUCUGAUUGAAAUUGGCUGGAAGUAG